GUCGAAGGAUAGUAGCUAUUGGGCGAUUAGGACAAUACGAGGAACGGUUGGAGAGCUCUCUCUCUCUCUCUCCUCCGAGUAAACCAGAGAGAAGGAAGAGCUAGAUGAGUUCUUCUUCUUCGCCUCAUCGAUCUAGAGGCGGUGGUGCUAACAGCAAUAGCAGUGGUAGUAAUGUUGAGGACAGGCCGAGGUUUUUCGACUCGAACACGAAGCGCAAGUGCUGGGCAAAGGCAGAGACGCUUAUAGGAAGACAUCCAGAGAGGUGGCGCAAGGACGCAGCGGGCAACAUCGUCUGCAAGCGCUUCUGCAACUGUCAGGGCUGCCUCUGCUUUGAGUACGAUCACAUCGUCCCCUUCUCCAAAGGUGGUGAAUCUACAUAUGAUAAUUGUCAGAUACUUCAAACAAGGGUGAAUAGAUUUAAAUCAGACAAAGACAGUGUGGAUCCAACUCAAUUGAGAGGUUACUCCUGUGAUAUCAAGUUUACAGAUAAGGAGCUUGAUAUAAUCGAAAUGGCUGUUUAUGGAGAUGUGAUCCGGCCAGGAAAGGAAUGUCGUUGCAAAACUGUUGCUGAAAUGCUUGGCCAAUACAAGUCAAAGGAUAGUAGCAUGGCUGCGUGCAAAUUGCCCAAUAAUAAUGAACCUUUAUAGCAAACAAAAACAAAAAAAUCAGUUGAUACACUCUGAAAAGAAUGUAAAAGGGGUUUAUAUGCUGGAUUUGGCAUUCACAACUCCUCCACAGGCCACAAUUGAUAGACAGACAAUUCCUUGGCAUUUGAAAUUGGACCCUUUUUACCGAUUCACCCCCAAUA